AUGGAACCACUUGUCGACCCUAACCCGGACAAGUUUUCAAAAGUGUUGGGGCUGCAUUAUAAGGGAUCGAAUGCCAAUGGGAAGAUAUGGAUUUUUGUGGAGGAAGGGAUGGAUUUUGAGGUGGUGGAUGACUCGGAGCAACUAUUGCAUGGGCUGUUCACUUGCCCCCGGACUCCAACACCUAUUUUAAUCUCGGCCGUGUAUGCUAAAUGUUCGAGAGGAGAGAGGCUUGCUUUGUGGGAAAAAAUGAGGGAGCUGACCCAAGUCUCGGAAGGAAUGCCGUGGUUUAUUGGAGGGGAUUUCAACACAAUCCUCUCCGCGGGAGACAGAAUGGGGAGUGACACAAACCGCCUGGCUGAAAUGGUGGACUUUGCAGAGGCUAUUGAAGACUGUGGUCUCUUGGAUCCAGGGUAUGAUGGAUCAGACUUUACUUGGGCUAAGAAUGGCCUUAUGGAAAGGCUAGACAGGGUGCUGAUUAAUGAGGUGGCGUCUCAACGGUUCGAGGCAAUACGAGUCACAAACCUCCCCCGUAUUGCAUCGGAUCAUGGCCCUCUCCUUGUCCGAUGCAAGAUGCCUAAUACCCCCGGAGGAGGUAAAGCCUUUCGGUUCCAAAACAUGUGGGUACGGCAUGAAGGAUUUAAUGAAUUGGUGAGGGAAGAUUGGGGGACCCCCACGGAGGCGGCGGGUCUCCUCAACUUGAAGCUCAAGCUAGCAAGGAUUAAGAGAACAUUAAAACGGUGGAAUAGAGAGAAGAGGGUUCGGCUACGGAUACACAAGAUCAACGUGAAUGGGUGUGAACUCACGGAAGACUCGGCCAUCCAAGCAUCGGCGGUUGAGUUUUAUCAAAACCUUCUUGCUCCAUGCAAUCCGGUACUUACGGAACCGGACCUAAGCCUCCUACACCGACUUCCCCCUUCGGAGUCUUUGGCGGCCCUCCCCGAACCUCCAGAUGCGGAUGAAGUGAAAAGAGCGGUCUUCGACAUCUCGGCCAAUAGUGCUCCUGGACCGGAUGGCUAUUCGGCUCUCUUUUUCCAAGCCUGCUGGAGCAUUGUGGGAUCGGAUGUGGUGGAUGCGGUUAGACAAUUUUUCGGUGGGGCCUUUCUUCCCCGAAGCUUCACGGCCACAAGCAUUGUACUCAUCCCGAAGAAGCCCAUUCCAGAGUCAUGGGGAGACUACAGGCCCAUUAGUUUGUGUAAUGUGAUCAAUAAGGUGAUUACUAAGAUACUCUCCAAGCGACUGGCCCCUUUACUCCCACGCGUGGUAGCUUCCAACCAAAGUGGUUUUGUCAAAGGGAGACUCCUCAAUGAUAACGUACUACUUGCUCAGGAGAUGUUCCAUGAGCUACAACGAAGCACACCGGCCCCUAAUGUUGCAAUCAAGAUAGAUAUGGCCAAGGCCUAUGAUCGAGUUCAAUGGCCGUUUCUCCUAAAAGUCCUUAAACACAUGGGAUUCCCCGAGCCGUGGGUGGACCUCAUCAAGAGAUGCAUUGGGUCUUGUUGGUUCUCAAUCCUUGUCAAUGGGGCGCCGGCCGGUUGUUUCAAAUCUACCCGUGGCCUUAGGCAAGGGGACCCCAUCUCUCCCGCCCUAUUCGUCCUGGCCGCGGAUUACCUCUCGAGACUUCUUGAUAAACUCAUCCUCGGCAACAAAGAAAUGACGUUCAAAGCAACCCGGGGAACUAGACCAUUGGGUAGGGGAAGCCCUACGUGGAAGAGGAUUCUGAAGGCUCGGCCUCUUGCUCAACCGCACAUUCGAUGGGUGGUGGGAGAAGGGAAGAUGCUAUUUUGGGAUGACUUAUGGCUUGGCGAGACGCCUUUGAGAGAACUUAGCCUUGAUGAUAGAGGAGGGCCUCUCGCUCGGGUGGCGGACUACAUUAAGGAUGGUGCAUGGGAUGAGCCUAAAUUGCGGAAUCUCCAAGCGCAAGCUGGCCUAGCACAACAUAUCGUACAAAAGAUCCUCGACACACCCGUUUAUCUCGGAUGGGCUGGAUGUACCAAGAUGGAGAUUAUCAACCAAUGGAGAGUUCUCACUUGCUACUACAUGGGAGACUUUACGAAGUCAAAUGCCGAUUGUGCAAGGCCUCGACGACAUUUGGAGAGCGGGCCUCACGUCCUCUAUGGCCAUAUUUUUAUGGCGACUUCUCUCCAACCGCAUUCCGGUGGACACAAAGCUGCAAUGGAGACGAAUGGAAUUGGCCUCCAAAUGCCAUUGCUGCCCACAUCGACCAGGGAUUGA